CACAAGCGAAGAAGAAGAAAACUCUGCCUGGCUCUUCCGGUUAAAGGCUGUAUCAGCACGUUUUAUUAUUGUGGACUAUAUCUUUUAUCGCUUGUCAGUGAUGUGGGCAUAUUUUAUAACAGAGGCGUCAUAGCUUAAAGUGUUUGUAAUAUCUGUCAGUUUCAUGUAGCUCGUAAAGAUUAAUUGAACAGACUGAGCAGCCGCAUCCAGUCAUGGAGGAGGGGAUAGUAGAGACACCGGAGGAGCUGUUGGCUAAACAGCACCGCAAGGAGAAGAAGGACCUGCAAGCUAAAAUCCAGAGCAUGAAAAAUGCAGUCCCCAAAAAUGACAAGAAAAGGAGGAAACAGUUGACAGAAGAGAUUGCCAAACUAGAGACGGACCUCAGCCAGAAACAUGAGGAGGAAUUAAGGCAGCUCAAAGCUACAACUGACACAAAGGUGGAAGAGGCGAUAAAUGGAGUGGAGACCAUGAAGGUGGAGGAUGGAAACCAAGAAGAGGUCAAACAACCACGUAUAACCAAAGCCCAGAAGAGAAGGGAUAAGAAGGCUGCUCAGGAGAAGGAUAGAGAGAGCAGGAUAGCAGAGGCUGAGGUGGAGAACCUGCAGGGUGUGAGACACCAGGAGGGUUUGAAGUUGGCUCAGAAACUCUCCCAGCAACAGCUUCAGAUAAAGGAGAUUUCUUCUGAUGGCCACUGCAUGUACCGUGCCAUCGAAGACCAGCUGGCACAGAGAGCAAAGCCGGUGUUAACCAUGAGUGUGAAAGAACUGCGGUGCCGCACUGCUGAGUACAUGAGAAACCAUGCUGAUGACUUCCUGCCUUUCCUCACCAACCCCAACACUGGUGACAUGUACACAACGGAUGAGUUUGAGAAAUACUGCAGUGAUGUGGAGCACACAGCAGCUUGGGGAGGGCAACUGGAACUGCAAGCUUUGACCCAGGUCCUUCACUUGCCAAUAGAAGUGAUCCAGGCUGAUUCCCCAACUAUAAAAAUUGGGGAGGAAUAUGAUAGUAAAGCCAUCACUCUUGUCUAUAUGCGUCAUGCUUAUGGACUUGGAGAGCAUUACAAUUCUGUGGAGCGGAUAAAGGACCCAGCCAAUGCGGAGGACAGCUGAGAGACAGUUCAGUCUUGGUGUGAUGUAAACCAAUGCAGAGAGUGUCCAGACCUCUCACACCAGGGCCCUUAAAUACAAAUGUAUUUGGGGCGGUGACCCCUUUAAUGGAGAAGUUUGUCGAACUGAUAUUAACAGAGAAUGUUACUGUUUUCAGAUUUGGUUAUUAAACAGUGAAUGGUACAUAUCUGUUAAGUAAUGAAAAGAUAGCGGUAAGGAGAAUGAAAUCUAAUAGAUUUAAUCUGUUCUGAAACAAGUAUGAUUGUGGUAAUAAAAAAAAAACCUGUUAGGAAAUUAAAUUAUUUUUACACUGGCUCCUCUUUGAGAAGCACUGGUGUAACGUACAGUACUCACUUUUUAACCAAAUCCAUUUGGGCUGGAGAGGAUUUAAGAGCUGUUCAUCAUGCAUGUCACUCAACCAAAUGUCAACAGAGUCAUUGAGUGAUUGUUGAACUUUUGCAGUGUUCUUGGAAUGAACUGAAUUGUGUAACUUGUAAAUCAUAUCCAUGUUACAUAAAAUACUAAAAGAGCG